AAAAAAUCUGCCCUGAAUUUGGGUCUUCGGCUUCUCAUCUGUACCAAGUUUAGACGAUGGAUCUCUUCAGUAGCCUACCAGACGACCUUCUUUGUCAUAUCUUGUCCUUCCUUACGACAAAGGAGGCUGCUUUGACAUCGGUUCUCUCUAAGAGAUGGCGCCAUCUCUUUGCAUUUGUCCCUAAUCUUGAAUCUGUCUUUCUGCAUUUCGAAGAGGGUAAACGGGAAAAAGAAGGAAUCCUUGGGAGUUUCAUGGAUUUUGUGGAUAGGGUCUUGGCAUUGCAGGGUGAUUCUCCCAUAGAGAAGUUCUCCCUCAAGUGUAAAACUGUUGUUGACUCAGACCGUGUGGAUGGUUGGAUAUGUAAUGCGCUGCAACGUGGUGUUUCGAAGCUUGAUCUUUUCAUUGAUUUUCAGAACAUGUAUUGGCUGCGUCAAGAGGUCUCCGUCAGUAGGACACUGGUUGAGCUGAAAGUAGGAAGAGGAUUUGAUCUUCACUGGUGGCCCGAGAAUACAUGCUGCUUACCGAAGCUUAAAACUCUCGUUCUUGACUCGACCGUGUUACGUUGUGGUCAAUUUCGAAUGCUUCUUCUUGGUUGCCCUGCGCUUGAGGUGUUAGACAUGACUAAGAUAUUGUGGAUGGAUACUAAUGUGACUGUGUCAAGUCCGAUCCUUAAGAAGCUAACUAUUGAUCUCCAUGGUUACAUUAACGUAGCAUCUCUGAAGAGCCUUUCACUUGAUGCUCCAAGUCUUGUUUACUUUUAUUACUGCGAUGCUCUUGCGGAGGACUAUCCACAAGUUAACUUGAAGAACGUAGUCGAGGCUCAAAUCCACCUUUUGGUAACUCAAGGUCAAAUCGAGCAAGCAAGAGCACUAAACAAUGAUUUAUUGGAGGGUGAUGUUUUUCCUGGUAUUGGUAAUGUGAGGAAGCUCGUUUCAGGGAUAAAAAAUGUUCAGGAACUUUACUUGUCUCCUGAUACCCUUGAGGUGCUUUCUAGGUGCUGUGAAGCGAUGCCGGUGUUCAACAACCUCAAAUUGUUAGCUAUUUAUAGUGACAUGGAUCGGGGAUGGCAAGCAAUGCCAGGUCUUUUAAGGAACUGUCCACAUUUAGAAACUUUGAUCAUUGAGGGUCUCUUACACUAUGUGACGGAUAAAUGUGGGGAUGCUUGUGAUUGCAUUUAUCGGGAUUGCAUUCCUCAGGAGGACAGAGGCCGCUCGCUCAGAUCUUGUCCAGUGAAGAAGUUAGAGAUUUACGAGUUUGGAGGAACAAUUAGAGAGUUAGAGAUGAUCAGGCAUUUCUUGAAAUAUUUUCGGUGUUUGAAGGAGAUGAAGAUAUAUGCUGAGGAGGACAGUCCUACACUAUUCAAAGACCCUGAAAUAGUUGAACGUGUCGGGAAGAUGAUGUACCUCUACAAUAGGUUAUAUACUUGCAAUGUCCAAUUCCUUGCAAGUGAAGUGGACUGCACAGUGAAGUCUUCCUUGUAAGGGAAGAAGCGGAAACUGUAGUUUCCUCUGGUUUGACUCAGCGUGCGAGGUGCAGGCAGCGAUGUGGAA